AUGAAGAGGACGCAUUUGGCAAGUUUAAGCAGCAGAAACAGAUCUCAAGAAGAAGUAGAAGACACUAAUGGUGACAACAGAAUCAUCAUGAAUCACUACAGAAACUACGAAGCAGGGCUGAUCCCAUGGCCUCCCAAGAACUACACUUGCAGCUUCUGUAGGAGAGAGUUCAGAUCUGCUCAAGCACUCGGAGGCCACAUGAAUGUUCACAGAAGAGACAGAGCAAAACUCAGACAGAUCCCUUCUUGGCUCUUUGACCCUCACCACCACAUACCGAACCCUAACCCUAGUUUUAGCUCUUCAUCUUCAACAACACCAACUCAUCUUGAGCCUUCCCUAACCAACCAGAGAUCCACAACAAAUCCUUUUUCCUCUACCCGGUUUGAUCUUUCGGAUAAUACUACUAGCUAUGGAGGUUUGAUGGUGGAAAGAGAGAGGAACAAUGUAUGUUGCAGAGAGCUCAAGAAGAGUGCCAUGGAUUCAGGCCAUGCUGCAAAAUGUGAGAUAACUCGCGGAGAUCUGAUGAACCAGAAAGAUGGUCUCAUAGGGUUGGAGCUUGCAAUGGGUUUGAGGAAUCCAACACAAGUUCUUGAUUUGGAGCUUCGACUUGGCUACCUUUGA